GCAUGUGAUUGGGGUUGAGUUGAAUGUCCCUGGGACUGUGCACAUAAGUGUGAGGGGUGGGGCUCUGCCUCCAUAGCCCCCUGGGGAGUACUGGGGUGGAGAGAGGCGGGGAGGAAGUGCUAAAGAGCAGUUUCGAAGCUUCGAACUGGUCAGACAACUUUUGGACACCUGGGAGCAGGAGCCAAGGAAGCAGAGCAGGAGAUUGGCAGACAGGGCGACAGCUGGAGGCCGGACAGGCAGACGGAUUUGCGGCCGUAGCAUGAAGCUGCUGUCCAGCUGGAGAGCCCGGCUGACUGCGGGCCCUUGGAGCGGGGCCUGGCCGUGGGCCCAACAACCGAGAAGAACUGCUCACAACUGUGACCCAAAGAUGAGGGCCCAGGAGAACCCGGAGGGCCGGACACAGCAUGAGUCUCUGGGCUCCGCAGGGAAUUCCACGAGGGAUCCCACGGUCCCCCUGCCCACAGACCCCAAGUUUGACAUGUUGUACAAGAUCGAGGAUGUGCCACCCUGGUACCUGUGUAUUCUGCUGGGCUUCCAGCAUUACUUGACAUGCUUCAGUGGCACCAUUGCUGUGCCCUUCCUUCUGGCUGAGGCGCUGUGUGUGGGCCGGGACCAGCACAUGGUCAGCCAGCUCAUCGGUACGAUUUUCACCUGUGUGGGCAUCACCACCCUCAUCCAGACCACAGUGGGAAUCCGGCUGCCUCUGUUCCAGGCCAGUGCCUUUGCAUUUCUGGUCCCAGCCAAAGCCAUCCUGGCCCUGGAGAGAUGGAAAUGCCCCCCAGAAGAGGAGAUCUACGGUAACUGGAGUCUCCCCCUGAACACCUCUCAUAUCUGGCAUCCACGGAUACGAGAGGUCCAGGGUGCAAUCAUGGUGUCCAGCACAGUGGAGGUGGUGAUCGGGCUGAUGGGGCUGCCUGGGGCCCUGCUCAGCUACAUAGGACCUCUCACGGUCACCCCCACUGUCUCCCUCAUUGGCCUCUCUGUCUUCCAAGCUGCUGGUGACCGAGCUGGCUCCCACUGGGGCAUCUCAGCUUGUUCUAUUCUCCUGAUCGUCCUCUUCUCCCAGUACCUGCGUAACCUCACCUUCCUGCUGCCUGUCUACCGCUGGGGCAAGGGCCUGACUCUCUUCCGCAUCCAGAUCUUCAAGAUGUUUCCAAUUGUGCUGGCCAUCAUGACCGUGUGGCUGCUCUGCUAUGUCCUGACCCUGAUGAACGUGCUGCCCUCAGACCCCACAGCUUAUGGCUUCCAGGCACGGACGGAUGCACGAGGGGACAUCAUGGCUAUUGCGCCCUGGAUCCGCAUCCCCUACCCCUGUCAGUGGGGCCUGCCCACAGUGACUGCAGCUGCUGUUCUGGGAAUGUUCAGUGCCACACUGGCGGGCAUCAUUGAGUCCAUCGGGGAUUACUAUGCUUGUGCCCGCCUGGCUGGUGCCCCACCCCCUCCAGUACAUGCCAUCAACAGGGGCAUCUUCACUGAGGGCAUCUGCUGCAUUAUCGCAGGGCUGUUGGGCACAGGCAACGGGUCCACCUCGUCCAGCCCCAACAUCGGCGUUCUGGGGAUUACCAAGGUAGGCAGCCGGCGCGUGGUGCAGUAUGGUGCCGGCAUCAUGCUAGUCCUGGGCACGGUUGGCAAAUUCACCGCCCUUUUUGCUUCGCUCCCUGACCCCAUACUGGGGGGCAUGUUCUGCACCCUUUUCGGCAUGAUUACGGCUGUGGGGCUGUCCAACUUGCAGUUCGUGGACAUGAACUCCUCCCGCAACCUGUUCGUGCUCGGAUUUUCCAUGUUCUUCGGGCUCACGCUGCCCAAUUACCUGGAGUCCAACCCUGGCGCCAUCAGCACAGGCAUUCCUGAAGUGGACCAGAUUCUGACUGUGCUGCUGACCACAGAGAUGUUCGUGGGUGGGUGCCUCGCUUUCAUACUGGACAACACAGUGCCAGGGAGCCCAGAGGAACGAGGUCUGAUACAGUGGAAAGCUGGGGCCCAUGCCAACAGUGAGAUGUCUACCAACCUCAAGAGCUAUGACUUCCCCAUAGGGAUGAGCAUGGUAAAAAGGACUGCCUUUCUGAAAUACAUUCCUAUCUGCCCCGUCUUCAAAGGAUUUUCACCAAGGUCAAAAACCCAGCUUCCAGUUCCAGAAGACACUCCAGAAAAUAUACAAAUUGGAUCUGCAUGCACCAAAGUCUGAAAAAUUACUCCUAGGAAAGGAAGCAAGGUUUGUAACAGGAAAAGAAAACUACAUGGGGAAUCAGAAGACCUAAGAUGGAAUUUCGGCUCUGGUCCUAACGAACUUCCUAUGAAAGCCUGAAUAAGUCACUUUCUCUGGGACUCUUUUUCUGCCUAAGUUAGGGGAAGAAUGGGCCAAAGUCUCUAAGAGCCACUAUUCUAUACCUCUAAAUCUUUAUUUUCCCAGGCAGACAUGUCAGCAUAUUGAGAAUAGCUAGACAUUUGCUUUCACCACAGGUGACAAAAGAUGAAAAGAAAUCAAGAUGUAUUCCAGGCCCUGAAAUGUAGGAAUGCUGAGAGGCUUUUAGAUAGAAUCUGAACCUCCUAUAUCACUUACUUUAAGACCAAAGCAUAUUAAAUACCAUGUUGGAGCAAUAAUUUAAUUUUAGUUUCAUAAUUUAUAUAUAACCAUUUCCUUGGACAGGAUAUAGUCUCACUUCUCUCAAGGGAAUUAUGUCUAAACUUUAAAAGUGUGAGGUUUAAAUAAAAAAAAUCAGUGUUCUUGAAUGCAA